AUGGACACCCUGAAACAUUUGAUCUCAACUCGGCUCGUGUUUGACGAAUGCAUGCAGGAUUCAGAAGUCCUCGAUGCGGAGGAAUCUUUUGCCAUCCGCUCCUAUGGUCACAUCCGACGAGAGAAGCGCCUCACAAAGUACAACAUCAUGAAGGUAGCACCAUACAAGGGGUACCUCCUGCCCAAGGAGCCAUUUCUCAUUGUCGAGAAGAACAAUGAGAAGGGAGAGACAAUGGAGGUGCGGGAAGCUUGUGAACCUUGCAGGCAUUGGUGGAUGCCAGAGGAUGAGAAAGCCCUGAAGACAGAAGAGAUGAGGUUGGAAUUGGACAAUUUCGGCACUGGACAGAAGUACAUCCAAAAUGGCAUGGGGCAACGCCUGGUCAUUGAAACCGGGACCAUGGGGUUCUUCUCUCGCUUCUUUGGCAUCCUGAAAGUUGGAAGCCAGGAGGCUGGUGUUUGCUACUGGAUGGACGAACCUGAGAAUGGCUGGGAUGGGUUCAACAACGACAAGGGAAAACAAGGAAAGUUCUUGAACGUGGACUAUGCGGACAAAUGGCAUUGGAUCUACUUGGACAAGUGGGACUUGCCCUGGAGUGGAGAUGAUGAGGACGAGAAGAGGAUCUACUUCCCAGGAGGGUUUUCGGUAGCAAAGGAUGAUAUCCCUCUCUUCCGCAUCGCUGAAAAGGGUCUGAUGAAGCAGUACAAAAGCUACGUUCCAACAAAGAUCCGACUAACGGAAAAGAAUGAGAUUCGCCAGUGGGUUUGGAAAGGGUUGGUGAACUUCACUGAGCUGAAGUUGAAGCUUGGAUGGAUGUCCAAACAACAUCCCAAGUACUUCGACGACGAGAAGCCGGGUGUCACGACCCUGGUAACCCUGGUGGAGAAACCUUUCGAGGAUUUGCUCAUCGAUUUGGCUCAUGCCAGCCCUUCUAAGGGCCAGUUGUUUACGGGCGAGCGGGCGGGCGCCAAAGAAGAGGCGGAAGCAAAGAUGGUGAGUUCGUGCAUCGUCGUUCGUGGGGGAACCCAGGUGGCCAUCAACGGGAUUGCGGCAUUCGGAUCUGGCCAAGCGCUGUCCUACGUGUCCGCCAUUCGAGUUUGUCCAAUGGGCGGAGACCCCCGAAUCCAGAGGUUUGGGAAGAAACGCUACGUCCUCAAGAAACCCGACGACCCUGUGGAGUCUAUCGCACGGGUGGAGAUGAAUGUGCGCUUGAAGCAUGUUCUGCCUCUGAUGCGCUACACCAGCGAUUUCAAGGCCUGCGUGCCCAUCAAUAGUCUCGAGUUGCCUUUGAGGUCGAACUUGCAAAUCAUCCUGAAGGAAUCCGGGAAUGGUGAGCAAUUCAACUACACCGUGGACCGCUUGACGAAUCUGAUCAGUAUUGGAGUUUUGGCGUCCAAACCACCAGGACCUAUUUGUGCUGUCACGCUGUUGCUGCUGCAGUUGGUCAACUUUGCCAAUCGCUUCUGGACCAACAAAGUCAGUGCGGAACAAGUGGCGAAAAGGUUAGAGCAGGAAGAUAACGCACCUGAUCCGGAGCCGGAACAAGACGCGCCGGAGAAAGAACCACUGACUGGUGGCGGAAAGAUCGGGAAAAAGAAGAAGUUGUCGCCCAUGAAACAACGAAUUCAGAAAAAGCGAGAGAAGAUGGCAAACAAGACCUUGGUGGAUUCCUUCUUGGAGGUGGAAGUCUUCAAGAUGUUCCUGCAGAGCUUGGUGUUGUUCCUGCUGGCGGGUGGACAGUUCGGUUGGAUGCCCGGGCCAAUCUGCGCUCUCAUGUGCAUUUUGGUUUGUGUCUUCACAAUGAUCUUCAUGAACGUGAGCACUUUCCGCAAGGAGAUGAACAAGCAGAUCGAUAGCAUUUCGCAGUCGGUCACAGAGAUGUACCGCAUGUACAGGGGCUACGAAAAUUCCGUCCGCACUUGGCUCGGUGGCGAAAACUUCUUGGGCGUAACGUUCAUCAACUUUGACGGCGCUCAUGCCAGCGACUUGGAGAAUGUUGCAGAUGUGAACUUUGUGGUGCCUGAACUGGGAUUGCGCCUCACAGUGCGGCCCCUGGUGUUCAUCACAUCCAGUUAA